CUUUCAUUUCAAUUCCGGAGAAGCUCUAGAGAAACAUAUAUUCAGUUUUCAUUUUUUUUCCAAUUUGUUUCCGAUGUCUCAUGUGUUCUGGAUUCUGAUUUUGAGCCUUUCGAUCUUAAAAGCGACGUCGUUGAAAGCGGGAUCGCGGACGGUAAUUCGAGUGAUUGGCGAUAAUAACGGCGGCGGCGGCGAUCCGAAGGACUAUGGCGUUGAAUUGAACGCUACGAACUUCGAUGGAGUUCUCAAGGACACUCCCGCCACUUACGCUAUAGCCGAAUUCUUCGCUAACUGGUGCCCUGCUUGCAGAAAUUACAAGCCCCAUUAUGAAAAAGUUGCUAGGCUUUUCAAUGGACCUGAUGCGGUGCAUCCUGGUAUCAUAUUGAUGGCUAGAGUCGAUUGUGCAUUAAAGAUAAAUACCGAUCUUUGUGAUAAGUUUUCUGUUGGUCACUACCCUACACUGUUUUGGGGUCCUCCUAAGAAGUUUUCCUCAGGCUGGAAACCCAAUCAAGAAAAAAGUGAAAUACGUGAAAUUGAUGAUGGGCGAACAGCAGAACGCUUGCUUAAUUGGAUCAAUAAGCAACUAGGCAGUUCAUAUGGUUUGGAUGAUGAAAAUUUUGAAAACGAGCUUCUUCCGCCCAAUAUAUCAGACCCUGGACAGAUUGCUCGAGCCAUAUAUGAUGUGGAGGAGGCAACCGCAACUGCCUUUGACAUCAUUUUGGAACAUAAGAUGAUUAAAUCAAAAACUCGAGCUUCACUUAUAAAAUUCAUUCAGCUUUUAGUAGCUCAUCAUCCUUCCAGGAGGUGUCGAAAGGGAAAUGCAGAAGUCCUCGUCAACUUUGAUGAAUUGUGCCCAUUAGAUAUGUGGUCAUCUGGUAAAGUUGAUGAUGUCACCAAUAACUUGAAAGAGGUGCUACAUGAUUUCCAGAUUUGUGGAGAGGAAGUUCCUCGUGGAUAUUGGAUGUUUUGUCGUGGUAGCAAGAACGAAACCAGGGGCUUUAGUUGUGGAUUGUGGGUUUUGAUGCAUUCACUUUCAGUGAGGAUUGGGGAUGAAGAAAGCCAGUUUGCGUUUAUAUCUAUAUGUGAUUUUAUUCACAACUUCUUUAUUUGCGAGGAUUGUCGUCAACAUUUUUACGAAAUGUGUUCGAGAGUUACUAGUCCUUUCAAGAAAGCGCGUGAAUUUGCACUUUGGCUGUGGAGUGCCCAUAAUGAGGUUAAUGAGAGAUUAAUGAAGGAAGAAGCAUCUCUUAAAACCGGAGAUCCCAAUUUCCCGAAGAUUAUUUGGCCUCCGAGGCAACUUUGUCCUUCAUGUUAUCUCUCACAAGGUCCCAAAGAUAAAGGAAGCAAUCAGAUCGAUUGGGACAAGGAUGAAGUGUUCAAAUUCUUAGUCGGUUAUUACAGAAAUACGCUUAUAUCUUUGUACAACGAAACGGGUCUUCUUGCCAAUGAUAGGAGAACCAAUGUUACUCUGGAUGAUUUGGUGGCCUCAACAAACGCUGUUGUGGUGCCUAUAGGGGCUGCAUUGGCUAUUGCUAUUGCUAGCUGUGUGUUCGGUGCUCUUGCUUGCUACUGGCGAUCUCGGCAGAAGAAUAGGAAGCCAAGGAGAAGCUGGAACUAGGAUUUAGGCAGCAGAAAAUACACAACCUUUUAAGAUGUCUGGUCCAAUGAGCUCGAACUUGAAGUAAAAAUCCAGGUUUUAGCCCUCAGCCCUGUAUCAACUGUCCCUCGGGAGGUCCUAUUCUUUACCGGUUAUUUUUCUUUUAUGAAGCUCAUCAUGAAAUAUAUUAUUGGGUACUAUAGAUUAACAUAUAUAUUUUUUAUUUUGGGAAAGAAAUGUCCAAUAUCUGUGUUCCUAACAUCGUAAUGGGAUCACAUUUGACAUGCUGCGUUGAGGUUUUGUGAAUUAUCCGAUUCAUGCCUUUCGAUCGCUUCCUUGACUCUACAUGAUUUAGUUAUUCAGAGCUACUAGUUUCUUUUGUUGUUUGAUGCUAAAGAGGAAAGAACUAUAGUAUAAGUUGAAUGUGGGGGAUAUUUGUAUAAACCUCUUACAGAAGUUUUAUCAUGUGGAACUAUGUUAUACUCCUCUUUGCACUGAGUUGCCCCAAAGGCCAUAGAGGAAGGUCGAUCCGCCCAUACAUCGGCAUCCGGGCGUAACUAU